AUGGCUCAAGUACAAGGACAUUGUGACGACACCUUCGUUCAGGUGAAGGAGGUAUUCCAGAAGUCUAUAGAUGAUGGCGAAGAACUUGGAGCUUCCAUUACCGUUAACAUCGAUGGGCGCAAUGUCAUGGAUCUGUGGGGAGGGUACAGCGAAGAAUCAUGCACGGCGCCGUGGGAAAAAGACACCAUUACGAAUGUCUGGUCAAGGACCAAGGCGGUGACGAACCUUGCAGCCCUUAUGCUCAUCGACCGCGGUCAACUCGAUGCCUUCGCCAAGUGGCCACAUACUAGCCCGAAUUUGCAGCGAACGGCAAACAAGAUAUCGAGGUCCGACACCUACUCUCCCACACAUCAGGCGUGGCCGGCUGGGAACCGCCUUUCACAGCGGAAGAGACGCUCGAUCCGCGCACCGCCACAGUCAAGCUGGCAGCCCAAGCACCUUCGUGAGGAACGGCAUCCGGCUACCAUUCUCAAAACCAAGGCCACCUUGUGGGCGAACUGGUUCGCCGCGUGA